AUGAAAAAACAUUUACUAUAUAAUAAGUUAAAUACACAACAGCUUUCAAAAAUCAAUGUUAUUGUUGGGGAUUUAUCAAAAAAUCAAUUUGGUUUAAAUAAUAAAGAAUAUAAAUUAUUAGCAAAUGAUAUCAAUUUAAUAAUUAAUUCAGGUGCAGAUAUCAAUUUAUUAGCAGAUUAUGAAUCUAUAAAACCAGUAAAUGUCAAUGGUGUUAAAGAAAUAAUAAAACUAUCACUUUCUUCUUCAAAAAUUAUAGUUCCAAUUGUCAAUUUAUCAACAUAUUCAGUUUUUAUGAAACAAGAACCAAAAGGUGAUUUUAAAGACAAUUUCGACGAACAACAAUUUGGUUUGGUUCCUUUAGAAAAUUUAAAUAUUUUACCUGGCGGAUAUAUGCAAAGUAAAGUAAUUGGUGAAUAUAUUUUAAGUAGUGCAGCAAAAUUGAAAUCAAUACCUUAUAUUAUUAUUAGAUCCCCCUCAAUAUUUAGUAACCCAACAACUGGAAUAGGUCAUAAGGCUGAUUUUGCUCAACUAUUUAUUCAAGCAUGCUCUAUAAUAGGCCACUAUCCCGAUUUGUCGAUUGGUUUUUUAGCUUCCCCAAUAACAUGGUGUGUGGAGAAUUUUAUAAAUGUUAUUCUUAAUGAAAACUCUUGGUCAACCAAUAAUAACUCUCCAAUAUCAAAACUAAAUGUGUACAAUAUCAACAGCGAAGUUAUAAAAACAGAGACCUUGGUAAAAGACUUUAGUAAAAGAAUCGACUUUAGUCAAUGGAAAAAAUUGAUUAACCAAUCGGAACAUAAAACAUGCAUAAAGCUCAGAACCUUUCAUACUUUAAAUUAUGGUCGUUACAACCUAUCCAAUGGUUAUGGUAUUUCAAAAAGAACCAAGCAACUAUUAAUAUCUCUGGGAUCCUAUGGCAAUGGUGGUAUUAUUAACUACGAGAUGAUAAAUAAUCUUUUGAACUAUAAUAAAAAAUAA